AUGAACUGCUUUAGGGUAACUCCACUGAUUUGUCUUAAUAUUUUUUUGUUCAGUUUAGGAGAGACUGUCAUAAGUAAUGUCAAGCCUUGUUCAUCUAAGGGCACAAGGAAUGUUGCAGCUGUGGAGGAACCACUCAAGGCAGAAGAGAAAAUUAAAUCUGCAGAUAUUUCAAAACAAAAAGAACAAUGCCUUGUACCAUGUGAUGUUCAAGCUAAAAUUUUACGAGGGGAAAAACAUUACAUGUGCAGAAAUUUGCAGAACUCUCUUGUUGAAUAUGCAAGAAGUACAAAAAAACUGGUAAGAAACAUGAUGGAUGAUCAACAAUCUUCUUUGGAUUACCUUUCUAAUCAGGUAAAUGAACUCAUGAACAGACUUCUUCUUUUGAAUGCAGAAGUUUUGAGAAAGCAUUUGGAUCUACUUCCUUACAGAGCAGUUCAAUCUCAUGGGUUGGAUUGCACCGAUAUUAAAGAUACCGUUGGUUCAGUUUCAAAAACUCCAACUGGUCUGUACAUUAUCCAUCCAGAAGGAUCAAAUUAUCCUUUUGAGGUUUUGUGUGACAUGGAAUUUCAAGGAGGUGGAUGGACUGUGGUUCAGAAAAGAACUGAUGGAAUCAUUCCAUUUCAGAGAACAUGGUCUGAAUAUCUAGAUGGAUUUGGUGACCUUUCUGGGGAAUUUUGGCUUGGACUGAGGAAGAUUUUUCACAUAGUAAAUCAAAAAGCCACUAGUUUCAGUCUUUAUGUGGAUUUGGAAUCAGAAAAUGACAAGCAUGCCUAUGCAUCAUAUGAUGGAUUUUGGAUAGAGGAUGAAGCAUGUUCUUUUAAGAUCCAUUUGGGGCGUUAUUCAGGAAAUGCUGGUGAUGCAUUUAGAGGAUAUAGAAAAGAAGAUAACCAGAAUUCAAUGCCUUUCAGCACAUUUGAUGUUGAUAAUGAUGGAUGCAGGCCAAUGUGCACUAUUAAAGAACAGCCUGUAAAGAGCUGCAGCAACUUCAGUGAUAACACUGGAUGGUGGUUCAACCAGUGUGGCCUUGCAAAUCUUAACGGUGUUCAUCGCUACACAGGUAGAUUUCUUGCAACUGGGAUUCACUGGGAUACAUGGACAAUGAACAAUAAACCAGUCAAAAUUAAAUCAGUUUCAAUGAAAAUUCGGAGAACCUAUAAUCCAUAUUUCCAUUAA